AUGCCAAUGAAAUCACCUUCACAUUCAAUCGAAUCCGAGGAGAUAAAGGAUCCAAUCUUUGGAGCUAAUUUUUUCGACACCCACCAAAAGAAGGAAUUGAUUAAGUACUUUGCUAAUAAUGGUUAUCCAUUCGAGUGGCACAAAUCUAAAACUCAAUUAGAUGAGGCAUUUGUUCAAUACUACCUUCACUUAAUGAAUGUCAAUCAAGCAAGAUUGAAUUAUCAUGGAAGUAUUAAUCCAAGUGAUCGCAGCAGAAAACUCUUGGAUGUUAUUGUCUGGGGUUAUGAUAUUACAAUUUGUCCUGAAGUUAUUUUCGAUUUGUGUACUAUUUUUGGAAAUAUUGGUGUGAAAUUAACGAUUGAAAAAUUGAAAACUAUUCCGAAUUAUAUUAACGUGGACAAAUUUGAAACUCUAAUUUGGAGCUUUAGAAAUUCCACAAUGGUUAUUUACUAUCUAGCUCAAUUAAUUCCAUACAUUCAAAAUAGUGAAAAUUUGGACUUGUUACGAAUUGUAGAUGGUCAACCAGAGCUAUUGUCAAGUUUCAUAUUGGAAAAUUACUGCGAUAUCACCUAUCUAGAAUCUGAAAAUAAUGGAGCUUCCAAAUUUGUAGUACUUUUGCAAUCAGAUAUUUCAAAUUCCAUUAUUGAGAGAUUGGCAAGAAAGUAUCCUAAACUUCUCUAUCAAAAAUCCUCAUUCAACAAUCAAACUCCUCUUCACUACUGUUUCACUAACAAGAGGAGAUAUCAAUUAAUCAAGCCGUUUAUUGAAAUUGCUCCAGAAACCAUUAAUUAUGAGGACAAAUAUGGAUACAAGCCUUAUCAUCUCAUUCCAGAAUACCUUGAUCAUGAGACUGAACUGAAGACUGCAGACUUUGGAUUGGACUUUUUCCAAAAUCAUAUUCUUCCAGAUUCACUUAAUCAUAUUUUAUUAGGAAAAAGUUUUAAAUAA